AUGUUUACCUGCCUGUAUCAACAUUGUGGUGUAACUUUUUCACGUCAUGCUACUCUUUGUGAGCAUACAAAAUCACAUAAAGGCCAGGCUUAUUGGGAAAUAUUAACUGACACCUCAAGCAAUUUUAACAAUCUUAGAGAAAAUAAUAUCACGGAUCAAUUUAAUUUUAUUGAAUUUGAACAAGAUGUAAAUAACGAAAGUGAUGAACAGAUUGAAAAUAACGAUAAUGAAGAACAAGAUGCUGCUUAUACUGAAUUUAUGGAACUUGCAUCAAUACAUAAAUUUUCUGAUUCAGCUGGAAAUGAUGUAUUAAAAUGGUUUCGCAAGUACCAUCUUCAAGAAAAUAUUGUUUUACCAACAAAUAUGGCUCAGGGACGUGAAUUUAUCAAUUCUAUGAAUAUUGAUCAUUUGUUAUACCUUAAAACAAAAGUUUUAACGUAUGAAGAUGAAGAAUAUUACCUUCAUCAUCAGCCUAUCUUUGAUGCUAUCAAAGAACUUUUAUCUAACUCUGAUAUCUUGAAAAAUUGUCAAUGGGACUUUUCUCCAGAAUAUAUUAUCAAUGAUAAUGGACAAAAUGAGCGUGUAUAUGGAGAACAAUAG